GCGCGUCUGCGCGCGCUCCCGGGCCGCCACUCCGGUGCGUCCUCAGCCAUGGCGGCUGCAUCUGGUCCCAUUCACCUUCGGCGGUGUCUGGUGUCGCCGGCUGGGGCGCACAGCGCCUCUCUGAUCUUCCUGCACGGUUCAGGUGACUCUGGACUAGGAAUGAGAACAUGGAUCAAGCAAGUUUUAAAUCAAGAUCUAACUUUCCAACACAUAAAAAUUAUUUAUCCAACAGCUCCUGGCAGACCAUAUACUCCUUUGAAUGGAAACAUCUCCAAUGUAUGGUUUGACAGAUUUAGGAUAUCUAACGACUGCCCAGAACACAUUGAGUCAAUUGAUGUGAUGUGUGAAGCACUGACUGAUCUGAUUGAUGAGGAAGUGAAGAGCGGCAUUAAGAAAAACAGGAUUUUAAUAGGAGGAUUUUCCAUGGGCGGAUGCAUGGCGAUGCAUUUAGCGUAUAGAAAUCACCAAGAUGUAGCAGGAGUGUUUGCUCUUUCUAGUUUUCUGAAUAAAGCUUCUGCUGUUUAUCAGGCUGUUAAGGAAAGUCAUGGUGAACUCCCUGAAUUAUUUCAGUGUCAUGGAACUGCAGACGAGUUAGUUCUUCAUUCUUGGGGUGAAGAGACAAACUCAGAGUUAAGAUCUCUAGGUGUAAGCACAAAAUUUCACAGUCUUCCCAAUGUUUACCAUGAGCUAAACAAAACCGAGCUGGAAAAGCUGAGGUCGUGGAUUCUAACCAAACUGCCAGGAUAAAUGGAAGGGAGGCUCAGAGCUUCUUUAGCUGCUGGUUAGCGCUCCACUUAAGAGAAGGACUCUGAGCAGCAUACUCUGGUUAAUGAACUCAAAGCUGUCAUCCUCUGA